UGGCAACAGCACAAUAGUGGAGGAGUUAUCUCUCAAAAGUCACUGCCUCAUUUUUAUUUAAAAACUAAAUGGCCAGCUCGUAAACAAUAUCCAAGCUGUGAACAACACGGACGCAGUGCCCCAAGUAGUGCAGAGUCAAUCGGUCACAAGAAAGUGCGAAAAUGUUCUCGACUACCAUUCUCACGUCCUUGGCCAUCUGCUUUGUGGCCGUUGCUGGCAGUGUGAUUACUACCCCUGGCAAGUGUCCAAACGUCACGGUCGAGCAAAACUUUAGUUUUCAAAAGUUCCUUGGGCGUUGGUACUGCCAUGGUGGCUCUUGCAUAACCCAUGAAUAUACAGACAAUAAAAAUGGCACUUUAGGAUUCACAGAGACAACUAAGCAGGGUACCACAGUAGGCACUCUGAGCCGCGCCACUGAAGUUGGUGAUGGCAAACUUCUGCUCAUCUUUCCUGACAUAUUGGAUUUCCCCAGGGAAUACUACAUUUUGGCAACCGAUUAUGAUCAAUUUGCCGUCGGUUGGUCUUGCGUGGUUGACGGUUCCAAAAAUUACCAGUCUUCCGAGAUCUUCACCCGCGAGCGCAACCCCAGUGCUGCCGUGUUGGCCUCUGCCAACGCUGUCAUUGACCGCAGUGGCAUCGCUAAGGAUUAGUUUCGAUUAUUAUGGUCUGAACAAAAUUAUCUGAAAAACAGCAACAGGUGUCAAGCAGCUUUUCUGUUACAUCGAUUUUUCCAAUAAAAAAAUCUUUCCAGCCCAUAUAUAAUUAUUAUUGC